CACCCGGAGUCCCUCCAUCGUGAGGAGAUGGAGCCCCUGCCCACCGAGGGGCCCCGGUCCGGUUGCGUCGCGGCGCCCAUCAAGCCCAAACGUGAAGGCUCCCACCAGGAUCUGCUGACUUUCACGCUGGGUAUGAAACUGUGCAGCAGGGGCACAGUGCUAUGGAAGCCCUUCAGGCUGCUCACCUACCCACAGCUCACCUCCUCCCUGGAGAAGCGAGGCACCCUGACCGAGAGCGAGAGGCAGCAUCGCUAUGAGAAGGCUCACAACUUCAAGGUACACGCCUUCCGCCGGCCGCACUGGUGCGAGUACUGCACCAACUUCACGUGGGGUUUGACCAUCCAAGGGCUCCGUUGCUCAGAUUGCGGACUGAACGUGCACAAGCGGUGCUCCCAGCUGGUGUCCAGGGACUGCCAGCCGGACCUGCGCCACGUAAAGAAGGUCUUCGGCUGUGACCUCACCACCCUGGUCAAGGCCCACAAGACAGAGCGCCCCAUGGUGGUGGAUAUGUGCAUUCGUGAGAUAGAGCAGAGAGGACUGAAAUCCGAAGGGCUCUACAGGGUGUCUGGAUCCGCAGAGCGCAUUGAAGACGUGAAGCUGGCCUUUGAUCGAGACGGAGAAGAGGCCAACAUCAGCGCAGCUAUGUACGCGGACAUCAACGUCAUUGCCGGGGCAUUGAAGCUCUACCUGAGAGAGCUACCCACCCCUGUCAUCACGUACGAUGCGUACCCCAAAUUCAUGCAAGCAGCAAGAACAACAAGUCUGGACAUCCGACUGGAAGCUGUUCGCCAAGGCCUACUGUUGCUGCCACCAGCCCACCGUGAAACUCUCCGCUACCUGCUAACACACCUGAAGAGGGUUACCAUGUUUGAAAAGGACAAUUUUAUGAACGCGGAGAACCUGGGCAUCGUGUUUGGACCAACAUUAAUGCAGCCUCCAAACGAAAAUGCCCUGGAAACCUUGAACGAUAUGCAGUAUCAGAAAGUAAUUGUCCAGCUCCUGAUUGAGCAUGAAAAUACACUGUUUUAGAGUUUCGACGGAAUCCGCUAUCAGGCUAUGAUAUUGAAUGCCUUUGUUUCAUUAUGAAAAUGUUUGUUAAUUUCCUAUACAGGAAUAUCACUCUGAAAGUGUAUUCUCAGAAUGAGAUUGUUCAAGGAGAUGUUUAAUUGUACAGUAUAUGGACUGGUUUUUAAGAGUUAAGUUUCUGCUAUAAAUCCAUCCAUUGUCAACAACCGCUUGUCCCGAGCACGGUCGUGGUGGGCCGGA